AAGAUUACGGAAGUGACGUUAUUGAUUACAGGAAGAAAAGCGUUCGAAUUUUGGUUUGUUUGGGUAUUUUUUUGUGCGGUUUUAACGCAUUUUGUACAAUAAAGACAAGACCAGACGAUAAUUCGUAAGAGUCUACAUUCCUGGAAUAUUACAAGAUUGACAAAACUCUUGUCGUUAUUCGCCUAAAAUCUUGUUUCGGAGAGAACUUAUAUCGAUCCUGUCACAAUAUUGACCCAAUAUGUGUAUUGUUUCUCGGAUAUCUGAACAUUAUUUGUAUUUCACGUACUGUAACCAUGUUUUAAAUACUGUUAAAUACAUUUUAAAAUAAGCGUAUUUUACCUAUAUGUACCAGGACCCUUACAGAAACUGCGCAUGCGCUGAUUUUUGUUUUUGUUUUUACUCCCGUUGUCAUGGCAACUGGAGUAGUGGAUCAACAUGGCGGGUAAAGGAACAUCAAUAAAAGAUGCACUGGCCAAAUGGGAGGAGAAGACCGGGGAGAAGUGCGCUGAGGCCACGGUGGUCAAGUUGUACAAUCAGAUCCCCCCCAUCGAGAAGCUGGACAACACGCUCAACAAAAUACCCAAAUGCGAGAAGCUGUGUUUGUCCACAAACUGCAUCGACAAAAUAACCAACCUGGGAGAACUGAAAAACCUGAGAGUUUUGUCCUUAGGGAGAAAUAACAUCAAGGCCUUCACCGGCCUGGAGGCAGUCGGGGGCACGUUAGAAGAGUUGUGGAUCUCCUACAACCUCAUCGAAAAGAUGAAGGGAGUGCACCUGAUGAAGAAACUUUGUGUUCUCUACAUGUCCAACAACCUGGUGAAAGACUGGGGAGAGUUCUCCAAGCUGGCUGACCUGCCAUGUCUGGUAGACCUGUUGUUUGUGGGGAAUCCUCUGGAAGAGAAGAACACCGCUGAAGGAACGUGGGUGGACGAAGCUACCAAAAGGUUACCCGGUCUGAAAAAACUGGAUGGCACCCCGGUCAUCAAACAAGUCGGGGAUGAAGACGAAGACGGCUGAGAGGCUUUGAGACUGUAAUGCAGCAGAACUACCAACCUUUAAUAUCCACGCAAGAUUAAAUACUGUAUCGACUUGGUAUCACACUGAUACCACCGCCUGCUGCAGUUUGUGAGACUAGAAGAACCUUCCAGAAUGUUGUCUAAUAAAUUAACUCAGCUGAG